CCACCAAGGCAGUGAGUGCGCAUACGACGACGGCGACGAUCGACGUCGAGCAGAACGACCGUAGGGGCAUUCUUGAUGUGAAACGCGAGCUUCAAUUUUAUUUACCGUGCCCUCGCACACGAACAACCCCCAAGGAGUGGACCAAGCGGGCCAGCAGGUGGUCAGGGAAAGUUAUGAGGCCCUGCUUCAUACCUGUCGUCGUCGUCGUCCUGAUCCUGAUCGUGGCACCCGAUAUUCGAGGCCGUAGCGACAGCAAUCCUACCCAUGAUAUAGACAAAGUGAAAGGAUGGGCGUACAAGCUAGGCUUCGAGCUGUCGCAGUUGAGCAAGUUCGUGACGAAGGUGGAGAAGUUCGAGGAUAGCUAUAAGACGGCGGACAUCACGCCACGUGAUGGAAACGCUCUCGUCCACGAGAUUGCCAGGGACAUCAGCAACAUGAUGGAUUCCAAGAUCUCGGCUAUUAAGAGGAUAAUGGACGUGGCUGAAACGAAGGCGUUAUCGUCCCCCGACAUAGACCCGCCAGAAAGCUACGAGUUCAUCGACGCGAAGAAUAACACCAUUAAUUUCGAGUACAGUUCUCACUUCCGUGGCGAUGUGAAUCUCAAUAUGUCAGCGGUACACGUGCCCACAAACGUGUAUAAGCGCGCCUCGAAAGUCAUCCGUGCGAUCAAGUGGUCCGAGGAACUCGACCGUACUUUCAUCAACAAUUUUGAGCAAGACCCAUCCUUGUCCUGGCAAUACUUCGGUAGCGCGACCGGUUUCAUGCGUCAAUAUCCUGCUACGAAUUGGUACAUGGAGACGGUGGAUCUGUUCGAUUGCAGAACGAGGAGCUGGUACAUCGAAGCGGCCACUAGUCCGAAGGAUGUUCUCAUCCUGAUGGACACGUCCGGUAGCAUGACUGGUAUACGGCGGGAGAUCGCCAAGCACGUGAUCAAUAAUAUCCUCGAUACCCUCGGUAACAAUGACUUCGUCAACAUUAUUACAUUCUCCAACGAGACUAAACAAGUGGUGUCGUGCUUCAAUGACACUCUGGUCCAGGCAAAUCUGGCGAAUGUGCGCGAGCUAAAGCGAGCCAUUUCGAAUCUUGAGACGGAGAGAAUCGCCAAUUUUUCUCUGGCUCUAACAACCGCCUUUGAGUUGCUCGAAACAUUCCGCAACGAGCGGGAAGGUGCUAAAUGCAAUCAGGCAAUCAUGCUGAUCACCGAUGGCGUACCGUACAACUACAAGGAGAUCUUUGAAGCGUACAACUGGAAGGAUAAUCCGGACGAGCCGUUGAAGGCUGAUAUGCCUGUCAGAGUAUUCACUUAUCUUAUCGGCCGAGAGGUUGCAGAUGUGCGGGAAGUGCAGUGGAUGGCUUGCGCCAAUAGGGGAUACUAUGUACAUCUGUGCACCCUAGCGGAAGUGAGAGAAGAGGUCAGUGGCGAUCGAGUAUUACUUUUAAAUUCGACAAAUAUAAAGAAAGUAGAGAUCUUUCAAUCUCUAAAAAUCGUAUUUAAUAAAACAAUUAGGCAAGAAGCGCUACUAAAACUUCGAAAGUCGUACGUGAUGCUUAAUUUACAAAUCAUAGAAACUUUAGCAUGGAAAAUGAUAAUGGGUAUAAGAAAUCUUUUUUUAAGAUAAGAAAAUAAAACAACUAUCUUGUUUCGCUAUAACUUAGACAGGGUGGGUACUACCGGGAAAAACCGGGAAAACCUGGAAUUCUCAGGAAAUUGCAUUUUUACCCUUGAAAAUCAUGGAUUCUCAUGGAAUUUUACUGAUACUCAGGGAAAUUUGUUGAAUUUUACUUUUAAUUUUAUCCCUUUAGAAAGUAAACGUGGCUCCGUAUCGAAGGCCCCUGAUAUUGACAGUUAAUUUAUUUUAAAAUUGACAUAUACUAUAUAAAGACUCUUUAAUCUAAAAAACGAUAAACCGGAAAAAAUAAAUCAGGCAUUAAGAAUCUGAUAACGCAAAACUUGGUGCGUGAAACAAUUUAAUCUUCACGUAG